AUGAUCCCUCCUACUACCUCAUCCAUCUCCACGAUCCUCUUGUACCUAGCGGUACAAGUAGCGCGACAAGUACGAGCCGACCCAAAUGCGCCGUGUUACUUUCCAGGCGGCGAGUUCGCACCAGGAUACUUUGCUUGCCAGGCCUUCAACGCUCCCGUUUCCUCUUGCUGUCCGGCAGGGUGGACAUGUUUCAGCAAUGCGCUCUGCAUCGCGACGACGGAAAGCAACUCGUUUCCCAACUUGACUCUGGGCGCAGUACAGAGGGGAGCUUGUACAAAUCCUCAAUGGAAUAACAGUAUCUGCGGGAGUGCUUGUCUCGAAAACGAAAACCGCAAAGGCAAGUUAGCAGCUUGCGGAAACGAUCGAUUCUGCUGCGCGGCAGACUUCAAUGAAGGGAAAUGCGACUGUUCAACAAAAGAUGAAAGGGCCGGACCAUUCAUCAUCAGCGCUGGCCUAGCGCAAACCAUCAUACAGGUGUCCGACACGACUUUCAGCGGAAGUCCAUCGCUGAGCAUUGCGUCUACGAGAGCUACGGGCACAAAAGCAUCAACCACGGGUUCUAUCACCCAAACGACCGGUGGCCCAUCAACAUCCGACUCCCUGCCCUCCUCCCCAAAACCGACCAGCGGCCAAACCGCUUCAUCAGCACCAACCACAGCACCAGCAGCUCCACCCGUUGCAAGUUCCAAGGGAGACGACGACAAUGACUCCUCGGGCUCUAGCAGUAGCAACGGCCUCAAAAUCGGGCUGGGUGUUGGUAUCCCGCUCGCUGUGUUAGCUGUUGCGGGAGCGUUGGCCUAUUUCCUCUGGUGGAGGCCGAGGCAGACCGAGCGCGCGCGUCGCAUUUCGCAGCAACAGGAUAAUUACUUCCAGUCGACGGAUCUGGCGGAGAAUGAUCCGCAUGGGCCGGCCAGGUAUGAGCCGUAUAGGCAGGCGGCUACGUAG